CGCGGCCUACGGCCUAUGAUUGCGACGAUGGCGCUCGGGCGGAGUCGGGCGCGCCUUCGGUGACGGCGAUGUCAUGGCGCAAGAUGGCCGCCGGUAUCGAGAAUAGUGUAUCGUAGACGAGGUUGGGUAGUAGGAAUUCCGGAAAGUAGGUGUGUCGGUUUUUCGACAUUACGUGCAGGGGAAUGCGCCGUUGAAAUGCUGCUCGCCCGCGUUGUUGUCGUUGUUACUGCUACGAGUUGAACCUCGGGGUAUCGGCGCCGCGCAGCGCAGUGCCUGUUGUGUACGAAUUCAAUGCGUGUAUAAAAUUUGUCGGUAAUCUCUCGCAGAUUUUACUCUCCAUUACUUCCGCGAGUGUGUGAAUAAUAACAAAAUAAUAUUGACAACGGUUGCAAUAGACAACGUGCAAAAUGUGGAAUAUGAUGUGUGAUGUGAUGCCGACGAUCGCGGAGGAUAGUAUGAGCCAGCGGAGCUCGCAGUUUUCCGGCGAGGACGGAAAUAUUGAGCAACUGAUGGUGCAAAUGCUGGACGAACGUGACAAGAUGAUGGAGUCAAUGCGUGAACACCAGGAGCGCUUGCAAGAAAUGGAGGCACGAUUAGCGGAGGUCGAGAAGGAGCGAGACGCUUUGAAUCGUCAGCUUAAUGCAAAUAUUCCUCAAGAAUUUUCACAGUUGACAAAAGAACUGGCAGCAGCACGAGAGAGCAUCCUAGAAAGAGAAGAGGAAAUCUCCGAAUUGAAAGCGGAACGAAACAAUACACGCCUUUUACUGGAACAUCUAGAAUGUUUAGUAUCGCGCCAUGAACGAUCGCUCAGGAUGACAGUUGUGAAACGUCAAGCUGCCGCGCAAUCUGGUGUAUCGUCUGAGGUAGAAGUGCUCAAAGCUUUGAAAAGCCUUUUUGAGCACCACAAGGCUUUGGACGAAAAGGUACGCGAGCGUUUGCGCGUGGCCCUCGAAAGAAAUACGAGUCUCGAAGAGGAACUAGCCCACACGAAAGAGGAAUUUCAGCAAUAUAAAAUAAGCGGGCAUCCAUCGAAAACGUUGGACGAUAGACCGAAAGAGAAUGGACAAGCGGAUGAAAGUCAACAACAAAAUAAGCAGAAUGAAACUGGGCAGGCUGUAAGCCAGCCACAGCAGCAGCAGCAGCAAUAUCAACAUCAAUUACAGCAGCAACAGCAACAUUUCGUACAAAAACCAGGUACAGAGAAGUCUGCUGAAGUUGGCAGUAGAUUGAGCAAUGGGAGUCUCGAUUUGACCGAUCAGGAUUCAGCACUACGUGUUAUAAAUUUGCAAGCUACUCUUGACAAACAGAGUUCGGAAUUAAGUACAUGGCAACGACGAGUAGCGGAGUUAAGUGGACGUGUCGCCGAGUUAGAGGAAACUCUAUCCAAAACGCAAAAAGAUCUUCUGAAAGCGCAGGAAGCGGGUCUCAAACUGCAAAGAGAUUUGCGAGAAAACGCGGCACAAAAAGAAGAUCAAGAAGAACGAAUAGCAACUCUAGAAAAACGAUACCUCAAUGCUCAACGAGAGUCCACUAGUCUUCAUGACCUCAAUGAGAAACUGGAGCAAGAGUUGCAGCAUAAGAAAGCUCAAUUAAAGCUUCAAGAGGAAAAAAUUGCGGCUAUACAAGAGAAACUAGAACUCGCGGAACAGAAAUUAGCUCAAUAUGCAAAAUUGCCAGAAAUGGAAGAGCAAUUAAAACAGAGGAUGGAGGCUCUGACGCAGGUGAGGAGGCCCAACCAGCAGGCUCAGGAGAGGCAUGGUAGUGCGGAAGAUAGAAUUCAAAGACUGGAAGCGCAAUUAGAAGAGAAAAAUGCAGAAGUGAUGCGGGUUAAUCAACGGUUAAAGAUGAAUGAAGAGCAUAACACGCGCCUUAGUACAACCGUUGAUAAACUUUUAUCUGAAUCCAAUGAAAGAUUGCAAGUGCAUUUGAAAGAAAGGAUGCAUGCAUUAGAAGAAAAGAACGCACUUACUCAGGAACUUGAAAAAAUAAGGAAAGUGGCAGAAGAUCUGCAAAAUGAGAAAACAGAUAUCGUUAAGGAGUUGGGUAAAGCGCGUCUGGAGAUCGACAAUGUUAAAAGGCAAAUGCUCCAACAAGAAAUUGCAUUUAAUAUUCAACAAACAGAUGCGUUAACUAGAAGUUUAUCACCAAAUGCCGUGGAUCCAGUCUCUUUCUCAAGGAGCGCGAGUCACAGUAGUUUUGACACGCACUCGUUGUCCAGAAGAGGAGGCAAGCGAUCUAUUGAAGAUGAUUCAUCGAAGAAUUAUGUUGCACGGACUUUGGCAGAGCAGGAGUGGGAGAAGCUACAGCAGGCGCAUGUACUCGCUAAUGUACAACAAGCGUUUGACGUUUCAAGUGAUGCGGAAGGUGACGGGGAUAACGAAAGUAUCUUCAGUUGUACAGCAGACGUAAUUAGUCCUACUGGGCACACUGAUGCUCAAACGUUAGCAUUAAUGUUGCAAGAACAAUUAGAUGCUAUUAACAAAGAAAUUAGAUUAAUUCAGGAAGAGAAGCAAAGUACAGAGGCACGUGCGGAAGAAUUGGAAUCUCGUGUUGGUAGCCUCGAACAUAUGAAUUUAUUAGCAAGGGGUCGAAGCCUCGAGCGAGCGUCGCCACCAUUGAGUGGGCGAUCUACACCAAAAUCACAUCACAGUCCAAAUAGGGAUUAUUUGCACAAGUAUCACACCGUUAGUAAUCACGCACCAGCAUCAAUGUCUCCGGCGCAUUUACAUCAAUACGCUGCUUCUUUAGCCAGUCCAGGCCAAUUAUCAGAAUCUCUUCCUGCUAGCCAGUUGCAAUUGUCGGGAGAGGAACUACAUUCGGUUAGUGAAAGAGAUAGUACCGGUGGUGUAGGAAGUGGUGGUAGCGAUGCGGCGUCUCCUUUAACAGCCAGGUCUCUCCGAUUGGAACGAGUCGUUCAAGCAUUAGCUCACAGUCAGGAAGAACUUAGAAGACGUACUGGACAGAGCGGAUUUCUGAGCGGUGGUUUCCCCACGCACAGCAGGCAUGGACAGCAUAACAACGGCGCACUCAAUUCUGGAACUCCUCCUUCCCCAUUGUCUUCACGCCACAGCAGCCAGGACAGUCUGCACAAGAAUAACUUCUCCAGCGUCGGAUUGCCCAUAGGACAACUGUCGACGUCACAUCUGCACAUACAAUCGACCAUGAGCCCCGCCACAGCGGCCGCUGUUGCGGCUGCGCAGAAAAAGAAGGGCAUUAAAAGUAGCCUGGGUAGAUUUUUCAGCAAAAAAGAAAAGAUUAAAGGGAAAGAUACGCCAAUGCCGGGGGAUAUACCAGGUAUGGGAGGUGCAAGUACACCAGCCGAUCCAGACUACGGCGACAGUGUAUGUGUAGCUGGUACACUUGGAAGUAAAAACGAUUUUGAUCGCAGAAAAAAAAAGAGUCCAAGCAUGUUUGGUAGCAUGUUGGAUUCCUCACGGCACGAGCUGUUAGCAGAAGCGAUGAAGGCUGGAACACCCUUUGCUUUAUGGAAUGGACCAACGGUAGUCGCCUGGCUAGAGCUCUGGGUAGGCAUGCCUACAUGGUAUGUCGCAGCAUGUCGAGCAAACGUUAAAAGCGGUGCUAUUAUGAGUGCUCUCAGUGAUACUGAGAUUCAGCGAGAGAUUGGUAUAAGCAAUCCUUUGCAUCGAUUAAAGCUGAGACUAGCUAUUCAGGAAAUGGUAUCGCUUACGAGCCCGUCAGCUCCAAAAACUUCUCGCACAACAUUAGCAUUUGGUGAUAUGAAUCACGAGUGGAUAGGUAAUGUCUGGUUACCGAGUCUUGGGCUACCUCAAUACCGAUCCACUUUCAUGGAGUGCCUUGUUGAUGCUAGAAUGCUUGAUCAUCUUACGAAGAAAGAUCUUCGUGGUCAGCUGAGAAUGGUUGACAGCUUUCAUAGAACAAGUUUGCAGUAUGGCAUUUCCUGUUUAAAACGAUUAAAUUACGAUAGACAACAAUUAGAGGAGAGAAGACGAGUGGCAGAAGGUGCCAAUAUAGAUGUACUUGUAUGGAGUAAUGAUCGUGUUAUAAGAUGGGUACAAUCGAUUGGUUUGAAGGAAUAUGGAAAUAAUCUCUUAGAAUCGGGUGUACACGGUGCGCUCAUAGCUCUAGACGAAAGUUUUGAUGCGAAUAGUUUUGCAUUAACUUUACAAAUUCCUACACAGAAUACACAGGCAAGACAAUUAUUAGAGAUGGAAUUUUCCAAUCUAUUGUCGAUGGCAACGGAAAGGCGUCUGGAUGACAACAUGAAAUCCUGAUCCAUCUCGUCAAGUCGGCUGUCACAUAUUCAACCGCAUCAUGUCUAGUCCUAAACCCCAGCUAUUUCUACUAUCUUUGCGCAAAGUGUGUUGUAAAAGUUGUAAGAGCUUUAAGUAUUACGUUAGGAGUAUCUUCAUAUUGUUAUGACAAAAUGUGACAUUUGAUAAUACCGAGGUGUGUUUUGACAUAAGCUGUUAAGAUAAACUUACACAAUUAUAUAUUUAAGAAUCGUCGAUUGAUUUUUAUGCCGCGCGCAUGUAUAAAUUGAUGCGCCACACACAUACAAAUUACAUACUUUUCGACAGUGAGAAAAAGAGAAGAUAGUUAUUUCUCUUUUAUAUAGAUAUCGAAAUGUAGCAGGCAGUCAUGGGAUUAUAUUAUUAAAAAGACGAGACAAUGUAUAAAUAGUACUCUCCUUAAAAGCACAAGAUAUCAAUUGCAGACAAUUAACGACAAUAAUUCUUUCUGAGUUAGUUUUAUUUGUUUAUAAAGUAAUAAAUAAUAAGUUUUAGUAUUACGAUAUCGUGUAGUAAAAUAUAUUUGUCAUACAAUUUUGUACAACAACGUGUACUUAUGAUGUUCAAUAAAUAUAUAAAACAAAAUAAGUUAAUACUUUGUCGAAUAAAUCUAGAAAAAUAAUGAUACAAAACCAAUGAAAGCCAAAUUCGAUAAUGCUUUAAUUUAUUAUUAUUUAAUAAUAAUUCUUAAUAUGAUACAUAAUAUAAACAUUUUAAUUCUAUUCCUUUUUAAUAUAAAUAAAUUAAUUAUAAUAAAUCGCAAUUCUUCUCGAUUUAAUAUUCUUACUUAAUACAUGGAAUGAUCAAAGAGAGGUUCAUGAUGAAAGCAAUGUCAGGUUUCAUAAAAUUCCAAAAAGAUUACAAGAUUACGAUUGAGUGGAUAUUAAUGAUAGCUAGUGAUCAUCUAUCAUUGAAGAUAGAAUACUAGUGUAGUAAUACUGUAAAACAAUUAUUUGGAAAUUAUAUAUCAUGUCACCAAUUAUUAUUGACUUUUAAGCAAAUAAUAUUAGAUUGAAAUAUUAUACAAAAUAUUAUUAAAGGAGGAUGUAAAAAAUGGGCCGAUUUUUACCCCCAAAGGUAUAAGUAAAAGGAAUAGUGUUUUUUUUAUAGAUUUUGACCUCCUAAAUACGAAAAAAUAUUGAGAAAUUUGUGGGUGUUGGAGAACACUGUAAAAAUUGAACAAAAAUAUUUGUAAAUUGUAGUAAUUUACCUCGAUAACCAUUUCUGUUGUGACAAAUGUUGGUAAUAGAUUCUGUUGCCAAAAAGACGACAAAUCAGAAACAUAUCUUAUCAUUGCAAACUGUUAGCAGAUAUUCAGCAAAUAUUUAGCAAUGUCUGUCAUCAGAAUACGUGACAAAAUAAUAGUGAACUGCGAGCAGAUUUAUUAAAAGUAUUGAUGACAGAUUGACGACAAACACCAAACAAUAUCAUCAAAUUGCCUGUAGAAAUGCAACAAUAUUUGUGCGUCAAAGUACGCGACAGAUUGAUACCAGAAACGCAGCAGAUCUGUCCAAAUGUUAAAUUGGCAAUAAAAAGCGCGGCACCGUCGAUAGGCGGCCUACUCUCUCAGAAGUAAAAUGCAACCAACUCUCUACAUAAAGACCACUCGCAGCGCGACUAAGGUAAGCAAAAAUUACCUUCCUUCGCUGCGCCUGUGGAGGUGUCCGAUGUGGCGGAGGACCACCACAUUAUACUUUUAUGAUACAAUACUGGUAGUAUUUUUAUUUUUUUAGAGUGACAUUUAACUACAAGAAAUUUAAUGAAAUUAAUUGCAUCUAGAAUCGACGAUAUACCUGCGAUAUAAAGGAAGAAAAUAGAUAGACCAAUUGAGGCCCUUCUAUAGGAAAUAUUAGAUGCUAAGGAGAGUGAGGGGUUAAUUAUUCAAUCUGUUCCUACCCCUGAAUUAAUAAAUCUUUCCAGGAGAUUGCCUACAUCUAUUCUCAAAUAAAAUUAUAACUAUAAAAAUGAAAAGAUUCGACAAAUAUGUCGCCAAUCUGUCGUCAUUUAUGAAUAUAGAUCUACUGCAUAUUUGGCGCAAAUCUGCUGUGAGUUUACGUUGCAACACCUGUUCUCAAUUUGCUGUGUAAAUUUGUCAUUGUAUUGCUAGUGACAGAUCUGCUCUGGUGUUGCACCCAAUUUGAUAUCAGGAUUUCAUGACAAUUUUUGCUUGCAAUUGGGACGCACUCGAGGACACAGUAGGCCAUGAUUUUGGCAGCCUAAUUCCGCAAAAAAUUUUUAGCAGUCUGCUGACAAUUUGGCAGCAAAUGGUUAGCUGGGUUAAAUGAUGUAUUGAGCCAUUACAAAACCCAUCCGUAUAAGUUUUUUGGGGAGGUUAAAGGGAAAAAAGAUAAAAGAAGAUGUGUUUUGUGUACGUUUGUAAGGGAAAAUGUAAGCAAUUAAAUGUGGAAACAGAGGUACUUGCAAAAAUCUGUGUUUUGUGUACGUUUGUAAGGGAAAAUGUAAGCAAUUAAAUGUGGAAACAGAGGUACUUGCAAAAAUCUGAAAAUAAUUUGAAGAACAAGAACUUCUGAUUGUGUAUAUAAGUGUUAUUUUCUUUUUUCUUUUUUUAUUUUUUAUUUAAUUAAAAUGUAAAAAAAUGAUGAAAAUUGAAAUUUACAAAAAAAAAAAAAUAAAAAUAUAUAGAAAUAAAAAUGCAACACAUUAAAAACAAAAAAAAGAAAAAUGGAACCAAUAUCUUGUCGUGGCCAUUCUCAUUGCGGUUUCGGGUUUGGCGAAUGAGAUUAAAAAAAGCGAAAGAUACAAUAAGAUAGUUUUGCAAAGGUGAAGUGGACAAAGCAUACUCACACACAGUUUGCAAAAUUAUAGCAAGUUUACAAAAUGACAUAAGUAAAUAAAUCAAAGAAUCUAUUUACACUUAUAUACACAGUCAGAAGUUUAAUUGCUUACAUUUUCACUUAUAAACGCAUAUAAAACGUACUUUUUUUUAUCUUUUUUCUCUUAGACCUUAAAAAAGAAACUUAUAUGGGUUUUGUAAUGGCUCAACACAUCAUCCUUUCUACAAUUUACCACAUUCUUCUUGUUCAAUUUUCACGGUGUUUCCCAAUGCCCACAAACAUCUCAAUAUUUUUUUCGUAUUUAAGAGGUCAAAAUCUAUAAAAAACACUAUUCCUUUUACUUUCACCUUCGGAGGCAAAAAUCGGCCCAUUUUUAACAUCCUCCCUUGGCUCUUGUUGACAUUGUAUCAUUAUUUUUUUAACUAAAUACUUUGUAUCGCACAAAGAUGUGAAAAAAAACCCAAAUCUGUCGAUAUCGAUGCUUUUGAGGAAAUUGUUCAUAUAUAAGGUGUCCUGUAAUUGGUAAUUUAAUCGAAA